AUGUCACAGAACGAACAACCCCUCACCUUCACGCUCAAAGAUGGCCGCAAACUGGGUUACUCCAUCCUCGCACCUGCCAAUGUCACACAACAUACCCCUACAGUACUCUACUUCCAUGGCUGGCCAGGUUCGCACCCCGAAGGCGGGAUGAUCAAGACGCCGGCGAUCCAACAUCGAAUCCGCCUCAUCACAGUUUCACGCCCAGGAUUUGGCGACUCUUCCUUGAAGGCCGAUCGCACACAUCUCGACUGGGCAGACGAUGUACUUGAGUUUGUGGACUCUAUCGGCGUCCAGCAAUUCUACGUCCUUGGCUUCUCGGGCGGAAGUCCAUACACACUUGCAUGCCUGGCAUCUAUCCCAAGGGAGCGUCUUCUCAGAGGGGCGAUCGUCUCGGGCGCCUACCCUGGAUGCAUGAAGAGCAAAGAGACGAUUCUCAUCAACAGGGCGGUUGGCAUUGCGGUUCGGACACCAAUAUUAUCAAGCCUGCUGCCCUAUAUAGUUGAGUUCUACGUCGGCCGUGAAGCGCGGGAUCCAAAGAAAGCCGAACAGUUCGAGAAACGUUUCGUAAAAGACGUGGGUGCUAGGCACCCGAAAGAAGCUCAGAGCUUAGAGAAUGUCGAAGUUCGCAAGGCGGCAGUAGAUUCCUGCAGAGAGUCCUUUAAGCAGGGUUCGCGAGGGUGGGCUUGUGAGGCGAAGCUCUUGAAUGAGGAUUGGAAGAUUCCCGUCGAGAAGAUCCAUGGCACGAGGCUUGAUGUGUGGCAUGGAGGACAGGAUCAGAAUGUCUCGCACAAGUUGGCUGAGGAGAUGACUGGUGUGUUGAAAGGUUGUAAGCUGCACCUGUUGGAGGAUGAGGCUCAUGUGAGCCUACUUGUGAACUAUGCGGAUCAGAUACUUGAUGCAUUAUUAGUACUCGAAUAG